CGUCUGUCAGCGUGCACGCGCUUCUAGGUGCGUCCCAGUCAGGAGGACCGUCAGGACGUUUACGUAACGCGAUUCGGUUUGCAGUGACAUUGAAAAUCAUAUAUUGUCAUUUUAAAUCAUUAAAGUGCUCAGCUGCAGACAUGGCCGAAGAGAUCACACUGUACUGGGGCUCAGGUUCUCCACCCUGCUGGCGUGUGAUAAUCGCGCUCGAGGAGAAACAGCUGCACGGAUUCAACAGCAAACUGCUGUCGUUUAUGAAAAAAGAACAUAAAAGUGCUGAGGUGUUGGAGCUGAACCCCAGAGGACAGCUUCCAACUAUGAAGCACGGAGACAGAAUCAUUAACGAGUCGUUUGCCGCGUGCAUGUAUCUGGAGAGUGUGUUUAAAGGGCAAGGCACCCAACUGAUCCCAGAUGACCCUGCUGAACAGGCUUUGGUUUAUCAGCGCAUGUUUGAGACAAACACCCUGCAGCAGAAAAUGUAUGAUGUGGCUUUCUAUGAAUGGUUUGUACCUGAAGGAGAGAGAUUUGAAUCUGCCCUGAAGAGAAAGAAAGAAGAUUUAAUUUCUGAGCUGAAACUGUGGAACGGCUAUCUGGAGAAGAUGGGGAAAGGCUCUUACCUCGCUGGCAAAAACUUCACCAUGGCCGAUGUUGUUUGCUUCCCCGUCAUAGCAUUUUUUCCACGUCUUGGUUGUCCUAAAGAGAGAUGUCCCAGACUGAUGGAGUAUUAUGAGAUGGUGAAGGAUCGGCCCAGUAUUAAAGCCAGCUGGCCACCACACUGGCUGGAGAAUCCUGAGGCCGAGAGCAAACUGAAGGACUUAUAAACUUCAACCUUCUGUCACAGACUAAACUUAAACACAACCCACACUUUAUAUAAACAAUGCAUUGAGUAUAUAUAACAAAAUUGCAUUUCAUUUAAACUGAUAUCACACACUAGAAGAAAUGAUACUAAUCUUUUAGUUUGUUAUUUGAAGUUAAUCUGAAGUUUUUGUUUGAUACUUUAAGUAAGGAAUAAUUGACGACGGGCCAUUGAAUUAUAAGAAAAUAAUGCACACCAAGGUGGUAAUGCGCGAAGCGGAGUGCCUUUACACCGCAGGUGUGCAUUAUUUUCAAAUAAUUCAAAGGACCGGAGUCAAUUAUUCCGCUUAUACCACGGUUACCACAAACUUUGCUCUGGUGCCUAUUUUUAAGACAUUUAAAAAAUUAGGUGUGCGGUUUACAGAAAAAUAAUCAACACCCAUAGAACAUUUCUCAGCCAAUCAGAAUGCAGCAUUCAACAGACCCGUGGUAUAAUAAUAACUAAACAUUUAUUAAAAAAAAAUUUUUAUUAAGAUAAACUGACUCUUAAUGGAUCUGUAAUUGUAUGUUAACAUAUACAAACAUUUAUGAGUUUUCAAUAAACCAUUUUCUUGUUUCAUCAA